AUGUCUUCUUUCUUCUACGGUGGCCAUCAGCAGCAACAGCAGCAUCACCCUCACAAUGUUGCCGCCUCCCACAGUCACCACGGUCGUACCCGGCGAGCUCCUCGUCUGUCAGCUUCGCAGAAUCCCAAUCGCCAGUAUCGUGCUCGUCCAAUGAAAGAUGUGAACAUCGAGGCGCCCAAUGUUACUGCAUUUCGGGUCAGGUUCGAGGCUGGUCGCUCGUUUGACCUAGACGAUGAUUUGGAAUUCUGUCCCAACCUCCUGACCGACGAUGAAAGGCUUUCGAUCAACUCUGGGUCCUCUGAUCGAUCGUCUCUCUCGAGCGGGUCGCCUGAUGCAUCACCCAUUCAACACCAAAUCCAACCGCAACAACAAGUAACGCCCGCCAUAUCGUUAUCCUCAGCUGGAUCGUCCUUCGUAUCGCCCAAUCUAUCUAUGAACCACCAAAUAAAGAUCCAUCAACCUUCCGCCGUCCGAACCAGAAACGCAAUUCCCAUCGUCAAUCCCAGCACAGGCAUGCGUGUUGCCAGUCCACCAUCAUCGAUCUCGCCAGGAAUGAUGCAGCAGACAACGGCCGCACUUUUGAAUUAUGUUUCCUUAUGGACAGAUUCCACAAACCCGUCAUUUUAUGCCUGGGGAGGGGAAAUCAGCUAUGCGCUACCGCUUGACCAGCUUCUACCAGUUCCCAAGAAUUCUGUCUGGAAGUUUACACCUGCAGAUGGGGGUUCAGGCUCGUGGUCGGAACAAGCUAUGCCCUCCAAUUCAAUCUUCUCAUCUUUAACUCGACCAGCAGGCGCUAUUGGCGGAUACGGGAACGGGACCGAGUACCUGAUGGGCGGAUACUCAUCCAGGAGAACUACUCCACAAACGGCAGACGUUGACGGCUUUGUCCCAAUACCGGGCAUAGUUUCCUAUGACAUUGAGGCGGGCACUUUGAAGAGUUUAUCAGCCACAGACUACUCAAUCUACGGCACUGCAAUGUAUGGACAAAUGCAGUACGUGCCAUUUGGUGCUGAAGGGCUGUUGGUUGUGAUGGGUGGUUCUACUUCUGACGCUGUUGAGUGGACUGAUAGAGGCUCAAAGUACGUCUCAUUCGAAACAAUCACUAUUUUUGAUUCUACCACCAACUCAUGGCAUAAUCAAAUCGCCAGUGGAACGAUUCCCGACUCUCGCCCAAGAUUCUGCUCAGUGGCGGCUAGCGGCGAUAAUGGAACCUACGAAAUCUUUAUAUAUGUUGGGUACGUAGCGUCUGCCUCUGGAGAACCACAAGCUUCGAAUACGGCGGCACAAAGACUGUGA